GUACAACAAACAACAACAUGGCUGCCGCACGUCUUCAAGCAACCCUGGCAAUCCUUACCUGCUGCGGUGCAGAGCACGAAGUCGACACAUACCCCGAAGAGAAAGCUGCCUUUCUCGACACACCCAACCUACGCUCUGCGGCUGAAGUUGCUGACGAUGUCGUUGCAACCAUCCUCCGCACCUCAAUUACUGGUACUGCUCUGCAAAUGAAGCUCGACUCUACGAUUGGCACCUAUGGAUGGUCGGAGAAUGUCGCGAGAUGGGUGCUCGAGAAGCUCUCCAAGGCCCUUCAAGCGACACACGAGAAGCUGGGACCCGCAGUACAUGGCGCGUACAACAAGGCAUUGGAAGUUGCAAACACAACCGAAGGCUUCGUCAUUGAGCACCCAGUCAUUUGCACCGUUAUCGCGCUUGGUGUGCUUGCGAUAAUCGCCCCAUGGGUUCUGGAGGCGCUUGGUUUCGGAGAGUUGGGACCAGUUGCAGGUUCUUUUGCCGCAUCGUGGCAGCGUACCUAUGCCGGGCUCGUGCCAAAGGGCUCGCUCCUCUCUUUUUUCCAGCGCUUGGGAAUGACUAAGUGGCAUUGGAUCCUUGAUUAGCAUUCUCUCAAACAAGGCAGAAUAGGAGGAGCAUGACGAGAUACAGGGAAGCCGAUGUUUGGAGCAUUCCCACCCAUUCGUGUAUCGUGCCAGGCUGCGUGGGCGCCUAAAUCCAUGGUUUCCAAGUUUGGCUCACAUACCGGUGAACCAUCUCUGCAUAAAAUUAGGUCCACAUCCUUGUCAAUCCUUCUUCCCCCAUGUCGUCAUGAUGCCAAAGGAAAUCAAAUUUUGUUUCGAGAGGCAUUGUUUCCGAAUGAUGAUCGCAGACUGGCUGAAGCAUGCCAUGUGUGGAGUAAGGGAGUAAAUUCGCGGGGACGCGUGUACUAGAUGAUGUCGUGCA